AUGGUUUAUCCUAGCUCGACGGAUGGUCACGCCUUGAAAGUUACAACGAAGCGUGUAACUUAUUAUGUGUACUAUAUCUCAGGAACAAAGAUACAACUGAAGAAGGGGUCGUUAGCUGUUGCAUUGUGCGACCCGAGUAUUGAGCCGAUUGGGGAUGUAGCGCCAUGGAACUUUACUCUGGGUAAGAGUGCUAUGGCUUUUUCGGAUGCGUUAUUGGACGUGACUAGCACCGACGAAGACGUCAAGAGCAAGAUUCUUGACUGUUAUGGUAGCGAUAGACUCAUUGGUGUGCGUCCGGAUGAUAUCAUUCCAGAUGAUAUCGUUUGA